AUGCCGGCGACAUUUCAUCAAGGCUCGUUCUUAAACCGUAUUAGCAUGCGACGCAACCAAGUUGUCUCCAUGACUGAUAAUAAUAUUAAAAUACCCGAGUUUGAUCGUUUUCAAAACAUUGUUGCCGAAAAUUUCGCGGGGAUUGUUCCCGGAGAGGAUGGAGACGACGCCGUUUUGUCGGUGGCUUGGUUUAGGAAGCUUCUUGAUGUGUUUUUGAGGUGUGAGAGGGAGUUUAAGGAUGUUGUGUUAUUGAGCCGUGACCCGGUUGAGUUGGGCAAAGCUCCGAUGGAUCGGGUUUUGGGCGAGUAUUUGGAUCGGGUUGUGAAGGCGUUGGAUAUUUGUAACGCCGUUACUCACGCGGUUGAUUUGGUGCGGCAUUGGCAGCAGCUUGCGGAGAUUGGCGUGGAGGCGUUAAAGCAAGGGCCAAUAGGAGGUGGACAAGUCAGACGUGCUAAGAAGGCGUUAAAUUCGUUGCUGACGUCGAUGAGCUUUGAUGACAAGGAGGAUUUUAGUGCCAAGUCAGCAGAUCGGACUUGGUCAUUUGGCCGCCGUGCGACGGCGGAAACAGCGGUGGUUCGGGCGAGGAACCGGUCAAGCUUCCGGUCGUUGUCGUUCCCGUUUGCUAAUUCAUGGUCCUCCGCUAAGCAAGUUCAAUUGAUGUCUGCGAAUCUGGUUGUGCCACGUGGAAGUGAUGCGGGGGGUUUGGGUUUGCCGGUUUAUGUAAUGAGUAUGGUAAUGACUUUUACUAUGUGGGCUUUGGUGGCUGCGUUUCCUUGCCAGGACAGGAUUGGAUUGCCGGCCCAAUUAUCUAUUGGAAAGCAAAUGGUUUGGGCCGAGCCCAUUUUGAUGAUGCAUGAGAAGAUUGGAGAUGAAAUGAAGAAAAAGGACAAGAAAAUGAUGAAUUGUGGUUUGUUGGAGGAGAGCCUGGGAUUGUCAAAGCUUGCAGUUUUUCUAGUUGAGUAUGAUUUUUCGACAGUUGCGGAGGAUCAGAUGGCAGCGAAUAUAGCUGAGUUGGCAGAGAUAUGUAGGAAGAUGGACAAGGGAUUAGGGACAUUAGAACAGGAAUUAAGAGAAGUGUUUCAUAAAUUAGCAAAGAGCAGGAUUGAAGUUCUUAAUCAUAUUGAUCAAAUUUGUAAUCUAUCAACCUAG